CCUACAGAGGCAAGAAGAAGAAGACGAAGAAAGAAAAGCUCCCUCCUUGUUGAGAAAGAAAAUCUAAAGCUGUAAAUAGAUAGGGAAGUAGAAGUGGCGCUAGGACUACUGUUCUUUAGAAAGGUUCCGUUUUUGGCCUUUUGAUGUUCUUUGGAUGUCUAGUAAAGUUUCUAUCGCGGCAAGUCGAGUGAAUUCUAUAGGUCUGUUAGUGACGACAAAGUUCUGUUGUUGAGGGGCUCCUGUUAUCAAGACGAGAGCAGUAUUCGUAUUGAGGUCUGUCAUUCAGAGUAGUUCGGUUGAGAGGUGAUCGCCGAGUGUCGAGAUUGUAUUCGCGUGCUCCAGCUCCUGAUCUUAUUAGAUAUACUCUUCCAUCUGACCACCGCCAAAAUGCCUCAAGCCCUACCGACAUUUCCCGUGGGCGAUAAUAUCUAUAUUUUCUUAUGUUCACUUUCACUUAGCUUUGCUCUGUUACUGUAGUGUACUUUCGAACCUGUAUGAUAAUUGAACUUGAAACUAUUGUUCUGACAACUAAUUGUUCAAUCAAUGAAAACGACUACAUGAUGUACACCAUAUGAUUCAUCAUCCAUUUUAGCAUUUAUCAUCCACAGUGAACGAAUACGUAUCCAAAUCUGAACCCGAUUUUCCGCCUGAAUUUUAUUCCCAAAUCUAACAAUCUCUUUUAUUAGAGGUUUUCCGUUUUCGUUUUCAUCUUGCUGAGAAGUCGAAUAAAAGAACUCUUGCUCCUGAGUCGCAGACCCUUGCUCUUGUUCUCGGUUCGAUCUUUUGCUCUGCUCUAGGUCUUUUUGACUUCAUCAUCUCGGUUCCAACAUACUACAGCUAGUGGUCUCAACAACGACAACGAGAUAACAUCUGCUACUUCAACAUUUUACGAGUUGUGCAUCACCAACAAUUAGAGACAUCUUCUACAUCUUCGUACUUCGUUCUCUGUGAGAAUACGACGACUUCGCCCUUAGUCGUAGAGAGCUAAGCUGUGACGAGAAUCACAAUGUCCAAAUUCUUCAAGCUAUCCGUCGCUGGCUUUGCCGGUCUGGGAGUUGCACGCGAAACGACGUACUUGCGCAAUGUUAUGAAGAUCUAGACGUAAUAGCGUUGAUGAUCAUCGCGUCUUCUACUUCUACAACGCAGUCCUGCGAGGUUCUACUACUCAAUCUCAAGAAUCUUGAAACAAUAUAGAGAUUGCGUUUGAAGCGUCCUAGGUAAAGGCUGCAUACCUCAUUACUCUAUUUUUCAGAAGUGUGAACUUUAUGUAUCUUUAUCAUCCUGCUCUUUGCUGAGGCACGCACAGGCCCCGGCCGCCUUAGAUGAGAAGAUAGACCUCCAGGGCAGUUGGACGAGAAGCGGCUCCUAGAAUAGACGGGUCUUAAUGCUAAUAAACAUGGCCAUUAGAAUACUUUACCUAUAGUUAUACCAUCCCUUUUUGUUUUUUCGGUAUUUUCCUAGUAGCUAGAUUGGCUCCGCCACUAUUCUUAUCAGCCUCUUUGCCAAAGCUGAGUCUCUCACGUAGCGUGAAAAAGUCCAACGUCAUCAUCUGAAAAUUACUCAUGAAUAUUUAAUAUUUCGAGUUGCAGCGGGUUCUUGCUCGAGUUGCUGAAGUGAAGGGCUCCAACUCUGGAGCGAGUUGCCAGAGGGAGCCUGCCCCAUCGAAAUGGGGCGAAGUAGGGCGGCGCAGGCGCGUAAGUGCUUGCUCGGCAUGCGGGGCGCCGUCUUCGGGACCUCCUGCGCAAAAGAAGGCCGGGGAGGCGUUGCCCCCUCUCGUUUCGGAUCGAUAGCGGCACACCGCUCCCUACUCUAUGGCGGGGAGCAAGUGCCGCGCCCCCCCCUGUCGUUUGGUUGGGGGGUGUCAAGUUGGGUUUGGGUUUUCGUCCCGCUUCGUUGCGGGUGUCCGCCGGGGUGGGUUCGUUCGUAGCCGGCUUGCGGCAGAAGGAUGCCGCUGCGACAUGGGGGAAAGUGCGGCGGGGGCUGAUGUGUGGGCGGGUAGCGGUGGGCGCGGGUUCACGUUGGUAGGCAGCUGGGUGGGCCGGUGCGUACAUGCCACACCCCCAGGGCCCCCGCGUUGGACCCUUUGCGGGCAUUCGACUGCCCCCCUGCGUUGUCUGCUAUUGGCGGACGCCGCUCCUGCUGGCCCGCAGUGCUCUUGUUCUCUACUUCAGGGCGCAGCGAAAACACUAUUUGCAUGGGCAACUCGAGCAGCCCGAGAAUCUCGGCCUGAUAUGGGUGAAAAAGAGCCUAACUCUAACGUUUACACUUCUCCCUCGCGUUGUGCUUUUUUGGUUUUUUCCUAGUUAGGCUGGCUCCAUCACUAUAUUGACACUUCGUUCUCUCGUCACUCUCCCUCAUCAAACCUCGUCAAAAUGAUUUAUUUCUUCUAUCGCUUUCUUCUAAUACAAGGAACAAAAACAAAGGACAGGACAAGGAGAAAGCGAAGAAAAUGUUGAACUGCGCAACGAUGUUCGACAAGUUUGACUCCAACAACAGCCCUUACCACCUUAAGAAUCGCGAAACUUGAACUACAUGAUCUUCGCUUUAUAAUAUGUAGUUACAGUUAAUACUUUCUUGCUCCUUCACCUUAUUUGAUAUUCAGUUUUUCUUAUUCGCAUUAAUAUUUAUAGUAUCAGGACCCGCCAUUCUUGUCCUUAUGCAGCAGUAAGACCCAUAUUGAGAUUAAUAGCCUGGCUCAUGAUUAUUCCAAUGUUGCAUUCGAUCCUGCCGUUGCGUAUCAUGGCGCUUUCUAUCGAUGUAGUAGUGCACACAAAUCAUUGCAUAGGCUGCAUUCUCUUGGUUUAGUAGGACACACCAGGCAUAAUUGGCAGUUGCUCGUAGCUGCUAGGUGGUUCGAAUGCAGCAGGGUAGGAAAGCGGGAAUUGUAGAUCCAGGCAGCAACAAAAAAAGCUGCUACGUGGUUCGAUUGAGUGAAUGAGUGAGUUAAUAAAGUAGUACAUGACGCGGCUUUGUUGUGUAGUGAAGAAGAAUUUCUCGUGGUGAAAACAAACAAACAAGAACUUUUCGUCAUCUCCUGCUCUAAGAUACUUGCGGCCGCUGUUGGUGCUUCGAAAAGGCGAAUGGACAACACUGUUUUGGCCUACAACGCGGUCUGCGGCAGCGGCUCUGGGUUGAGUCAGGAGGUUUAUUUUUAUGGCUUCGUUUUGGUCUACUUGAGGAUAUUAGUAGGAUUUUUCGUAGAGUAGGUAGAGUAGUAAUAUAAUAAUGAUAAAUUCCCAAUCCUCCACUCACAUAAUUUUACGGCCUCGUCGGUCGUCCCAACGAGAAAGAUCCACAUGAGUACACAAGAAAAGAGGAAGAUCUUGUUGCUGUAGUAUGCACCCCGUACUAGAAGAAGUUGAUAAGAAUUUGAGACCCCAAAGUAGCAUAAUGCUGCGUGGUCUUCACGGCCUUGUUAGAGUGCUACUCACCAUAUUAAUGGCAUUCAUCACCAUGAUCCCCCCGUGAAGGUUUUUCAUAUCAUGAUUGGAAGCGUUCAAGAAUGAAUUAUUUUAGUUCUUUUUAAGAAGUUGAGAUGGAAUAGAAAAUGAUUUUUAUGUGUAACUACAACAACCUCUUGGUUCUAAGUCAGGUUUAAAAAUGACAAAGGAAAAAAAUCAAAAUUGGAGGACUGGAAGCAAAACACCUACGGACACUUAUGGCCGCCAUGAGUUUACAACAUGAUGACCUUGACCUUGGCCUAGUACUUCUAUCGUAAAUAUUUAUUCAAAUUCUAGGAGCACCAAUAAAACAUCUAUAUGACUUCUACUUUCCUGAAAUUACAAUUUUUAGUAGAAACGAACUACUUUCCUAAAAACAACAUCUUAUAUUUUUGAGCCUCUGCUCGCUCCUAGUGGUCGGACGCGGCAACAUAAGAGAGCUCCUGAUGAGGACUUUCAUUACUUAGAUGCAUCAUUAUCAUGAUCAUCAUCAUCAUCAUCGUCAUCCCUCCAUAGCAGUUGCCUACUUGUAUGAUCCUACUCAUUGCUGUAUGUUAUCAAAUAAACAUCUUUACUACUUGAGAACCAACAACCUUUCAAUUAUGAGCAAGAAGACCUGUGGUGAUCAUGAUGAUUAUGGUUGCUGCUACUUUGGGUCGUACUUGUAUGGUUAUCUUCAGUACUUCACUUGCUUUCCUUCUAAGACUGAUUGACGUCGAGAAGCCCAGCAAGGAAUCGUACAAAGUUCCGAUGGAAGUUAUGGCUAUAGACACUGUGAUUACAGAAUGAUGCUAAAUAUAUGAAUGCACCAGGAGUCGUGUGCGUGUCGUGCGUGUCGUGUGUCUGGUCAGUUCAUCUACACUUUCAAUUCAUCUUGAGGUCCUCCAGUAAGAAAUUGCAACCAUAAUUCAAGAGAAUGUCCUCUGGUCAGAAGUUUUCCAUCGCAUUUUUAGAACUAGAGACUCUAGUUCUAAACUCUCAAUAUUUGCCCAUCUACUUCUUGACCCCGAUCCUCCAGAGAAGUUGGAUUAGACUACAGUAGCUGUAGUCCAUUCAUCCUGCUCUUCCAGAGCUGGAUUAGAAGACUACAGUAGCUGUACUCCUACUCCAUCCUCUAUGUAUUUUUCUAACAAAAAUAUAGAUAACAAUAGAUUGGUUCUAGUAGAGGUUUACAAGCUCAAAUCGAACUAAAUCAUUUAUACCCCGCGAUUGGGUAGUACACCACUGCUCCGAUUACUACUAACUACUAAGAUUUUUUUGUUCCUCCAAUAAAGAAGUUUACAAGCUCAAUAACUACUAAGAACAAUCUAUCUUCUAUUCCUCUAUGAAACCAAAAUAUGUUAUCAUUAUCAUACUUUUCUACUUAAGAAACUUGAUAAUGAUAACAGAUUUUCUUUUCAUAUCCUCUAAUAAAGAAGUGGAGAAAGGCGAGUAUGACGCGACAAAGAAUUCCUUCUACCAGUGCUGCAAAAGUGGUUGCGUGGGCGGUUCUUCUUCCUCUUCUUGCCGUUAA